CGGCUCUGCUCAGGCCGUCGAGCAUCACCACCACAAGCAAAACUGCAGUUGCAAUGGAGGGCUAUGACGGUCGCUUACGUUUAUACUUGACUUUUGUAUGUGCUGCCCAUCUCCUCCACCACGUCACACAGUGCACAAACCGGUCUCAAGCAUUCCAGCGACUUCGAGCAGCUACGCUUGACUUCGGCACUUCGGGUGGACAGGCAUUCGCUGCGAGAUCGUCACACUCCACUUGCUCUUUUCCUGCAGAGAGACUCAAUGGCGGAGACCUCCAGCGACCUAACCCAGCACAGCCCCGUGAAGCUGGCUAAGCAGCUCGUGGUGGACACGGCCGCCGCCAUGGCCGCGUCGCUCGGCGUGGCGCCCUUCAUCACCAUCGUGGACCGCGCCAUCAUCGAGAACGCCAGUGGCGCUCGCCCGCUGGGUCGCGGCCUUAAGGAGCUUAGUGCCGAUUUCCUCAAGCACCCACUGCGCUUCGUUGGCAAGCGCGAAUUCCACCUCAUCUUCGGUCUCUACACAGCCACAUACGUCACCGCCAACGUCGUCGACUCCGUGUGCGAAUACGGCGAGACGGACAACCAGAUGCCCAAAUUCAUCGGCACCACGGCCGUCAAUAUGUCGCUCUGCAUUGCCAAGGAUCGUGCUUUCGCUCGUAUGUUCGGUGUCAUCGCUCCCGCAGCCUUCCCACUCACGUCCAUCGGGCUCUUCGCCGUGCGCGACUCCAUGACGUGCGGCGCGUCAUUCAACGCCCCCAAGGUGCUGGCUAAGAAGAUCGAAGACAAGGGUCUGAUGGAAAAAUCGGGCGCCAGCACCUUCGCACAGCUUGUCUGCCCCGCCGCCGUGCAGUUCGUGUCCACGCCGCUGCACUUGCUUGGGCUUGAUCUGUACAACAACAAGGGACACGCGAUGUCGCAACGCGUGGGCUUCAUCCGGCGUGAGUACGUCAAGUCCGUGCUUGCUCGUAUUGGCCGUAUUGGACCUGCCUUUGGUAUCGGCGGUGUGGGCAACGCCUACUUCCGGAACACCCUCCGCGCCAAGUUGGAUUAGAUCUUUUUGUCAAGGAAUCAGAAAGCAACGACGGGUUCUAGCAGGCGAGAAGCGCAAGUCAAAACACCAAAAGCGUCAAUAGAUACGUCGACCUGGCGAAGAUACCUUGGGUGAAUAUAUAUUGUAUCGCCAGACCUGGCAUGCUGCUUGUACUUUGCUGUUUGCUGUGCAUUAAAUUCUUCAUCUAUGCUGUGGUAUGCCAUUGCGUAUAGCAUGAUUCAGACAGGAACUUGUUUACCAUUAAAGACACUAUCGGAUACUACUGGUGUUUGCUAUUGAA